AUGUUACCAACCUUGGAAGAAUAUUCAAGAAUCAUUGGUUUACCCAUUACUGGAAGGAUUCCCUUUACUGGUUUAGAAAAAUAUCCCAAGUCUCAUGACAUUGCAAAGUUUACCCACUUAAGAAAGGAUGAGAUUGAGAAGAACAUGGUUACCAAAGGAGGAUUACCAAAGGAGGAUGACUUUGAAGAUGUGUUUGCCCUAAAUAUUGACAAAUUUGUUGAUAUGAAUGCCAUCAAGAUAUUUCUGAAAGGAAACCCUGUUCCUACCUUGCUUGGGGACACUUACUACUCUAUCCAUUUGAGGAAUUCCUAUGGAAAGGGAAUGGUUACUUGUUGUACUCCUUUGCUAUACAAGCGAUACAUCUCUCAUUUUCCAGAUACCCAUGAGUUUUUGAGUCACAAAGAAGGACUAAGAUGGUCACAAAAUAUUAUGACUCUCACCAACACUGAUAUUGUUUGGACCAACAAUUACUUCGGUAGGAUGAAGACUUUGGAUAGCUGUGGUGAUUUUCCUAAUGUUCCCCUUUAUUGGUACAAAAGGAGUCAUAGAAAAGAAAUCAAGGAUUGGAAGAAAAAAGGGGACCUCUCACCUGAGCCUUUUGAAAGAUGGACUGGUUCAAGAGUUGAUGAACUUAGGAUGCCUUGUCUCACUGGGACAUCUAUACCUCCUGUUAAUAAGCAUGUUGCACCUUUUAUUUCUCCUCCAACAAUAGAAUAUCUCCAAGUAGCUUUGAAGAAGAUGAAGAAGUCAAGAUACCACUGGAACAAAAAGUUUGAAUACUCGAAAGCUGAGAAAGGGAUGAUGGAAGAAUCCUAUGAUGAGCUAAUAAAAGAGAAAGAAGACCUACUUUUCCUCCAAGAUGGAUGGCUCAUAGAAAAGGAUGCUACCAUUGCCAAGUAUGCAAGAGAAAAGAAGAGGAAGCAAGAAGAAGAAGCACUCACUCGUGAAGCAAAUGCAUGGAAGAGUAUCAUUGAGAAACUUGAAAGAGUCAAGCUAAAUAAGAAAAGGACUCAAGAUGACAUGAAUACUUCUCAUUGA